AUGAAUCUCUUUAAAUCCAAUUCUCAAAAGGGGUUUAGGAUACUUUAGAAAUCCUCAUUAAGCCCUAGUCAUAAACUUUCUCCAGAAAAGUAGAAACUCUCAUUCAAAACUCGAAAGAAUAGCGAAUUACUGAAGUUAAUGGUAUCACCUAAGCUAAUUACAAAUUAAACAACCUAAGAGGGAUCCUUUGUAAAGAGAGAGUAGACUCUUCAGAACUCAUAGAUAAUGGAUGUAGUAUUGGUGAUUUUACAUGUUGGACAGUAGCAAUUUCGAUUCACAUUUACUCGCAACAUCACUACGACAUAAAUGCGCGCUGCUAUGAUGUAGAAGUUAAAACUGAAGAUUGUGGCAUUUACAACUAUUGACCAUAACAUCCUGAUAGAUUAUUAUCUUACUCUUGAGGAACGACCAAUCAUAUGGCCAGAAUUGCAAUUAGAAUGUUAAGAAUCUGUAUAAGGUAGUCAACAUGUCUCGUUGAAAGAGUUUCAAAUUUUAAAAUGCAUAGGGGCAGGUGGAUUUUCAAAAGUUUAUUUGGUGCGAUCAAAGUUGAAUGGCCAUUUUUACGCUAUGAAGUUAGUAGAUAAAGAGUUUAUCAUUAAGUAUAAAAAAGCUGGUAAUUUGUAUAUUUAUGAGUUUUAUAGAAUUACUCCAAAAUGAAAGAGAUAUAAUGGCAUUCAUCUAUCAUCCUUUUACUAUAUAAAUGCUUUUCUCUUUCGAGAGUAGAAACUUUAUUGUUUUUAUUUUAGAGUUCUGUAGUGGGGGAGAACUAUUCUAUCAACUUAAAACAUUGAAAAGAAUGUCGGAAGAGCAAGCUCAAUUUUAUUUUGUGGAAAUAUGCAUCUGCAUGUUAUACUUGCAUUAGAUGGGAAUAAUGUAUCGGGAUAUAAAACCUGAAAAUAUCCUUCUCGACUUAGAUGGACAUAUUCGUAUCUCUGAUUUCGGACUCUCUAAAUUAACCAGCCCUGAUGAAUUUGCCUACAGCUUUUGUGGAUCUCCUGAAUAUAUGGCUCCUGAAAUGCUGCUUAAAAGAGGUCACACAAUAUAAGUUGAUCAUUAUUGUUUGGGGGCUCUUCUAUAUGAAUUAGUUACAGGAUUACCUCCUUUCUAUAGUAAAAAUACUCAAAAAAUCUAUGAUUCCAUACUCAAUGAAUAAGUUACUUUCCCAUAAUUUUUAAGUUAAGAGAUUAAAGAUCUUAUGGCUGGUUUAUUAGCUAAAGACCCUAAUAAAAGAUUAGGAGUAAGAGGAGGAGUAAGAGAAAUCCUUCAACAUAAAUGGUUUAAGAAAGUCAAUCUGACUGAUAUUCUUAUGAAAAGAGUGACUCCUCCUAUUAAACCAGAUAUUUAAAAAUUGAAUUUCGAAACUAAAAAUCUCUAAUAAGGGGAUUUGGAAGUGAGAGAGAAAUUAAUUGGAAAAGCUGGUUUCAAAAAAGAUUUUAAAAUUUUUGAUGAAUUUUAUUUUGAUUACAGAGAAAAUGUACGAAUAGUAGAUUAACAAAGAUUGUUGAAGGAACAUAUGAAAAAUGUGGAUUCAAUUUAAUAAUAGAAACCUCGUUCUUUAGAUAAGAUUAUAUCUGAAGACAAUAAAUAGACAAAAUUACAAAAAAGAUUAGAACAACAGACUUCUCUGAGAACAAGUCCUUAGAAGGCCUCUACAUUGAUGAAUAACAAUUUCAUGCAAUCAGGAGGAUUAAAAACAGAAAGUUCUGAUUUAACAUCAAGUAAGAGACGCAUAACUUGA